AUUUCAUUCAUAGAACUCGGUAGCAGAAAAUGGCGUAUGUGAAUGUAGCAGAAUGGAAACCAGAGCAAGUUACUGAAUGGCUAAAAGGUUUAGACAAUGCGAUUCUUCUGUACGUACAUUCAUUUCUAAAUAAUGAAGUUAACGGCCAGCAGCUUCUGAACCUUCGCCCGGACGAUCUUGAUCACUUGGGUGUCCACAAAUUAGGGCAUCAGGAAUUAAUAUUGGAAGCCGUUGAACAUCUGAGGAACUUUCACUAUGAACUAGAUCGAGAAAACCUUCAACUGCUAGCCCUGAGAUUAUCUUGCCGAGCACACAGUCUGCACAAUGAACUCCGACAGGAAACUGACUCACGGCCUGUCAGUACACAAACAUUAGCAGAUGUUGCAACUGUUAUAACAGCUGUGAAACCUCUUGUCUGCUGGCUAGACAGGUCGCCUUUCACUGGACAACUCGAUUAUCAGGACAGAAAGACCGAGCUCUUGAAACUAAGUUUGGCAAUAGCAACAUGUGCGCAGAGAGAUCGCUUUGCAGAGCGUCCAGUGGAAGAGAUCCGGAGCAGUUGCAAAGAGCUUGCUCGAAUGGCCGACAGUAUUAUCCAGGAUAUAGUGGAUCCAUUGAUACUGCAGCCAGCAUCAUUGGAUCUUGCAACGCUGAAGAAACGAGCAGGAGAUGAUUUGGGUUUUUUCAUUUUACCAUCUUUCCAAGGUCUGCACCAAAUUAGUGAGAUAAAGUUUAGCUCGCCUGCACACCAGUGUGGGAAAAUUGAGGAAGGAGAUGAAGUGGUGCAGGUUAACUACCAGACCGUGGUGGGUUGGCAAACAAAAAGGGUCAUGGCUCUAUUUGAGGAGUCUCCCACUGACGUUUUCCUGACACUGAAAAAACGCCCACGUCACACCAAAGUCUAUGGUCAGAUCUACAUGAAACCGUACAGAUUGCCCAGUAAGAAGAGAGCGGCCCCGUACUCUCGAUGGCACGACAAUCUUCCAUCGCCCAGGCCUGAAUUGCUUACCAUUCCUGACUUUGAGAUGCCCCUGCCAAGAGCCUUGCCCAAGCAGACAUUGCCACAGCCAGAGUUGGGGUGUGAACCCCUUGCUAGUAACUCCAGUUCAGAUGAUGAUGAUGAUUCAUUCCUACCUGGCGCACAAGAUGAGGGGCAGACAUCCCCAACUAGCAUGAGGCUGUAUCUGCCAAAGCCACGUGUCACAGUUCAGCGCAGAGCAACAGUUACAGGCGCUAGCCCAACCAACAAACGGCCGCCCGUCAAUAUUGAACAGUUUUGGCGUGAACUGCGCCUGGAGCGACAGUGGAAAGAUGGUGGCCCUUUUGCUGGCGGAGAAUUGGAGGGGAGGAAGGAUGAACUUUAUCAGUUACGAGAUAAGUCCGCAAGUUUCGGAAACGAUUUAUCAGUUUCGCCCCCUACAAGGCCAACGACUUGUUUGGGUAUCGAGAACUCCUGUAACAGACUGAAGACAGGGAAGACGUUAAGAAUAACAGAGAGUCGUGAUGACAUGCACGCAGUUGAAGAUUGUGAGGAAACCCCACACAAUAGCAUGGAAAGCAUGAAAGAAAAUAUUGUUUACGGGAAAGAGACAUCUGAAAGAGAGGAAGAUUGUAGAGAAACCGGAAAUGAGGUUCAGAAGAAAAGACUGUCAAACCAGAAUCAAGAGAAUGUGCAUUUCGAAGGGCGGAAUGACAAUGAGGAUAAUGACACUUCACAACGUGGCAUCAGUGUUUUGUGUGUAAGCAAUAAUGGAGUUAAUUCCAUACCUAAGAAUGAAGAAAGUGAAAGACAAGGGGAUGAGCAUAGUGAGAGGUGGGAUGAAGAAACAGGAAGAACAGGGUAUGGUAACAAAGCCUGUGCAAAACAGGGGUCACAAGAAAACGAUGGUCCUGAAAGUUCUAGCCGAGAGAUAUUGCCACACAAACCAUACUCUGAUGAUACAAGUGACAGGAGGGACCAGCACCUUACUCAAGAUAAUGUAAAGUGCGACGCCAGAACUGGAGACAGUAUUUUGAGAGUUAAAGGCGGAGGUUAUGGUUUGCCUAGUGACGAUUUGACUGAUGUGUUCGAUGGUGUAGAAGAGAUUGACAAGGUUCACAGACAUAAGAAUUCUGUUACUUCUAUCGAAAGCACAGUUUUGGUUCAGAGAGAACGUGGGCGGUUGGAUAAGAGCUACAGUACUCCAGCAUAUGACCUUACAGAUUGUGAUCAAGUACAGGACAGGUCUGGUAAGAUAUACCUCGUGGAAGACUGGACAAAUUGUCAUGUGCCAGAAAACAGCUGUUCCCUUCUGAGUCCUGCGUCUGAAAUUUCCCCACAUUCAGUCUUCCAAGUAGAGAAAGAGAUUCACGCAGUAUCAAAGAGUGAAGCAUCGUUGAAGACUGCCAGUAAGAGAAAUAGUGAAUCUUCAGAUGCCAGUAUUCAGGAUGGUGAUUCAUUUGGCCUGGAAGAUAAACAGACUCAAAGAAUUGGUGAAAUACUGGAGACAAUAAAUGUUGCUUUGCUUCAGCAUCGGCUUAAAGAACACAAUAACGACAAUAAAGCGAGUAAUUCAAAUAAUGCUGCCGAACAUACAGAUUUGUUGUCUCACAGGACUGAUGAUGUACCAUUAGGCAAAGAGGACAGUGAAACUGAUGCACGGCUGUAUGUUCCUAGUAACGAAUGUAUAGGCUCACAGCAUGUUGCAUGUUCUGCAUUGCUUCAAGAGAAAAGCAAUAAAGACUCUGAGGUUUUGUCGGAGAGCAACGUAGCAGACUCACAUCAAGACCAAGACCUGCCACAUUCGGCACCGGAUCUUAGUACAGCUCAGAGAGAAUCAGAGGUUUGGCAGAAGAUGACUGUGCCAGAAGUAAGUGUUAAACAUCCACACACUGACGAAAAGCAAGAGUCGGUGGUCCUCGUUUCCCAGACAGGUGUCUCACACAUAACGAUUUGUGUCACCCCACCUGAACCACCCCCUAGACCUGAUCAUGCCAAAGGGGGCGGGAGCAUGGGCUAUCGAGCAAUUAUGGCAGCCCGGUCACUCGGCAGGAACACCGGUAACAAGAGUUUGGUUGGUGGGGGACACGCAACGUUCCCCAGUCCUCGGAGUUUGAGGAAGAGGAACCCGUUGCUCACCAAAAAGCGCAACGUAAGUGUCCGAGAUUUGGGGGUUGGAGACCGUGAGGGGUGGUUGCUUCAUCGGUGUCGGUCUGGAGGGGCUGGAGCUGUGUGGCUGAGGGCAUGGUUUGUUCUCAAGAGUACAAUAUUCUAUGGCUUCAAGACACCACAGUCUACAAAGGCAGACAUAAUGAUCUCCCUUCCAGGCUUCACAGCUUCGUUAGCAGACGAAGUAAAGUCCAGAAAGUUUGCUUUCAAGGUGUAUCAUACAGGAACAGCAUUCUACUUUGCUGUUGAGUCCGAGGACGAGCUGCCUCUCUGGAUGGAAAGCAUAACACUGGCUACUUUGAAGCAGGACUUUUCCGAAACAGGACAAGAAUCUGAAGCUGUGUUUUUCAGUGAAACAGAUGAAGAACCAGAAAGUGAUAUGGAUACAGAGACAUGUUUCCCAAGCCCCAAGAUGAGUAAAUUUGUUGGUUUCCUGAGCAGCAACAAUUCACAACAACAUGAAAAGCAGUCUUUCAGAUCUCAUCAGAACUUGGCAACAGAAUCUAAAAGUCAAGAGUCACAAAAAAAAUUUGGUUCGCUUCGGAAGCUUGGUCGAAAAACAAACGAGCAGAACUCAUCGUCGUCAAACCAGGAAACGUCUGGAACAGUGACAGUGGGUUCAAGUCUAGAUAGAAAGUAUUUACGAUUUCUUGGGGGUAGGAACAAUAUAGUUCCUGUUCCGACUUCACAGUUCCGCAGUUAUCGGAGGGUUCCAAAUGGACCUGCCCCCACUCCACAGAGUAAAGCAGUACGAGUUGGACAGAAGGAACAAAAUAUCUCAAGAGGGGGAGGGUGUGAACAGGAGAUUGAUAACUUAAAGACAUCUGCUCAAGAUCCAUCAGUUAAUAUGCCACUACAGCAGAAGUCACCAGCAGCAUCAGAAACAGCGCCAUCAAGUGCCAAUAAUGCAUCAGCUCUAAACUCAUCGUCACAGAAGGAGAGUCACAUUUCACAUGACACGAGACCACUGUUAAAUAGUUUGAAUGAAAUGGGCCCAGCAGUAUCACAAGAAAUGAGUAUAGGUGUCAGAGGCGAAAGAAUGUUCAAGCCACAAGAUAGAGUGCUUCCUCUUCCAGUUAAGAGACAUCUGAAGGUUGAUUUCCGAGAUCGUCAGAUUCACUCGUCAAAUCCAUCUUUGCAGUUUCCGUCAGAUAUGGCCGAUUAUCGGCUAGCAGCUGAAAGACUCAGACAGUUUGGAAUCCGCAGAAACGAGCAGAGAGAGGACACGUCUGGAUUUGUUACACUGAAGCAGUUUAUGUUGUCAAGACAAGAGGAAGAGAGGAGGCAGUGCAGGAGAGCCGUGCAGAGACCAGUGGGGAGCAGUGAAGUAUACACAGGGUACACAGAAGAUCCCCUUUGCACGACCGAAGCUGCUGGACCUUCUCGGAACAAUUCCUGGUCUUCCAGCAAGACGAGACAUGGAGGCCCAGCAGCGGGCCCAUCUGUGGCCAGACAGGGAAGUUUCAAUGGCUCCAAAAUCCGCAGAAACAACAGCAGUGACUUAACACAAGAGAGUCAGGGUAGACAAUACAGGGGGGGCUCACCAGAGAAACUUUGGAUCAAUUCAUUGCGUCGGAAUGAUAUGACCAGAAAACCAUCUGAGGGCUCCUGCAAAAACUCUACGCCCGAUCAUGGCUUGUGGAAUCCAAGCUCUCUGAAAAGAGCAGCACAGUAUCAGCCUCCACCAGUGUCGCAGAGCAUGGCAAGUUCAAGAAAUGUUCACACCAGUGAAGAAGCUCCACGCAUGAAAUUUGCCUUUGAGAUGCACCUUGGUAACAACAGGAGUCCAACAAGUUCCGACAAGGAAAAGGAUUCUCCGCCAUCAAAAUCUUCCAAAUUCCGAAACCUGUUUUCCUCAAAGCAAUCUCAUCACCAAAAACAAAACUUUUUGGAACUUUCUGGCUCUCAUAAUUCUCACAGAAAUCAACACAAAGCAAUACUUGGGUCCCCACGACUACACAGAGCCAUCUUCAGGGAUAAGAAAAACCAUGGCACCAAAAGUAGCAGUACAAGUGACUCAAGUAGCAGUUCAGUAAAUUCACCAACAUCAGCUGUUCUGUGUGACUGGUCAACAGGAGAUUAUGGCAGUCAGACCAAUCCCAAUAUGGCCCAGUUCAAGCCAACAAUGGGAAUUUCGAUGCUUGGCAAAAAACCAAGCCGUCACAUUCUGUCUUCUUCCCCCUGCCCGGCUAGCUCUCCUCCCGAUUAUCCUGGAUUAGAGUACCCACCAGUUUUUGAACCUGAAACAUACACUCUCUCUGAUGCAAGUAGCCUGUUACGAUCUCGACAGCAAUCGCACGCAAAUAGCAAACAACACACUACGCAGUCUCACAACAGCACUACUCAAAAUUGAGUUUCACACUAUUGAAGUAAUUGGUUUGUUUUAUUUUGAUCAUAGCAUAUAUUUCUCUGACACUGCUUUGAGUAGAAAAAUAUCUCUUGCCCCUGCUGGAAAUCGAACCAUGAUUCUGUGCUUUUCCAGCCCAUAGCUUAGUCACUAUAUUGAAUGAGCUAUUGCAGCUCCUACACAUGUUUGUUAAGUGAUGAAAGGUGUCACAUUGUAGUUACACAUUGACUUGAUCUUCCAUCAGGUGCCAGAGUGUGUAUCAGUGGUGAAUAUAAUAUUUCACAUGGUAAAACAUCUUUUAAAGCACAACUUUCAAACUUCUGUACAAACUUAAUUAACAGUUUAAUGUACAUAUUAAUGGUAAAUAUCAUCCAUUUAAUUUAAAACAUUUUUAUUUGAGAAUGGUGGUUGAUUCGUAUGAUAGGAGGUUGCAUGGAACACUUCCUGUUACUUUCAUACGCUGCAUCACUUUCAUGAUUACAGUCUCGUGGGAUCUGACACUUGCAGUUUUGUAGGCAGGUACCAGAGUUUCUUAGUUAGUGAUGCUGUUGGUAUUUAGACUAUACAGUGUCAGUCUUAAAGAGGAAAUAGUAGACUACAUUGUGUCAUAGCUCAGAAGACCACAAAAUGAUAUUAUGCAUUUGCUACAGGUUACAUGUCACACUGCUUCCUUCCAUGUUGGUGCUUUGAGCUGUCUGCAGUUUGCUAGAUGGAUGAUGUUUUCUAUUUUAACCCUUUUAAGCAUGUAAAUCAUCUAAAUAACAUCUAAAAAUUAAAUUCAUAUGUCACAGAAGAAACAGUAUCACAAUUACAAAGUCAAAUCACUUGAUGUUAUUAAGGGGGAAAAUUGCUGUUUAUUCUGAGAAUUAUAUGAAACAGAUGAACAUACUGUGAAAAAGACUUUCUUAAUGUUAAAGCAUGUGGUAUAUGUGGUUACCACUGUCCUUUAAAGGGUGUACAGUGUGUUGUAAGUGUUGAGUUCACUUUAUAAACAAGAGAUACUGUUUACCAUUCAAUUAGACGAGACCUUGCUCACAAACAUAGAAUUGGAAAGGACUGAAGAGAAAAUGGUUAUGGUGCAUUUCAAGGUAUCAGAUGGCCAGUCAAGACCUGAACCAGAUACCUCCAGUAUAUGGUAUAUCUGUACCAUGUUCGCGGAUGAUGUGACUUAAAAUCUGUUCCUCGUGGCAACUUUCAAUGGAGUUAUAUGUUGAGUGUCCAGUGAAAAUAUUCAUAUUAUCGCCUUGUUGGGUAUGACGCCAUGUAAUCUGGUAGGUUGAUACUAAUGUUUCUGAAGACCAUACUACCCUGAAGAUGGAGGCGGUAUGUUCCUCCAAAACACGUGUACUCACUCACCUACCAGAUUACAUGGUAUCUG